AUGAAGAAGUUUGGAUUCGGCAAACGAAACGAUGACAACGGGGAUGACAGUAACAGAUCAGCUCUCUUUGGCUCACGGUCAAAGAACAAGAGCCCUGCGCCAUCAAACAACCCCUAUGCCCAACCACCACCUUCCACUGACCCUUACGCUGGAUCACGGCCUCAGGGAUAUGGUGGGAUGAGCCAGCCAGGAAAUCACCAACCUAACUCAACAUACGGCGGACCUCCCUCCAAUAGCGGAUUUGCACCAGGAAGACAGGGGAACCAAGGGAGCUAUGGACAGGAUAGAUACGGCGGGGCUCCUGCUGCUAACAGUGGUGGUUACGGUGGCUUGGGGAGAGCUGACCCGAACGAUCCAGGCAUGAAGGAUGGUAACAGGGAUGCCCUUUUUGGAAAUGCAGCUAGUCGAUACCAAGAGCGACAGACAAGCAGUGCGCCUCCUCCAUAUAACGAACAGCAGCCUGCUGGCCCGAGCGGCCCUACGUAUGGCAAAUACCAAGACCGACAGCUUACGGCGGAGGAAGAGGAAGAGGAAGACAUCCAGGCCAUAAAGCAGGACAUCCGCUUUAUGAAACAGCAGGACGUGUCGUCAACCCGAAAUGCACUGAGAUUGGCCGCAGAAGCUGAAGAAAGUGGAAGGGCAACCCUUGCUCGCCUCGGUGCUCAAGGAGAACGAAUCCAUAACACGGGGAAGAAUCUUGACCUGGCUGCUAACCAGAACCGAAUUGCGGAGGAGAAGGCCCGGGAGCUGAAGAAGGUGAACGGAAGUAUGUUUGCCAUGCAUAUUUCGAACCCCUUCACUAGCGAGCAACGCCGUCGUGCUCGAGACCAGGCCAUCAUUGAUCGCCACCAGGAGGAGCGACUACAACGUGAGGAGACCCGGCUUGCUGCUUUCCGCACGGAACAGAGAAUGGACCAGACUUUCAAGGAGAUAUCGAAGAAGGGUGAAACUGGGCCGAAGAGGACCAACCUUGCCGAGCGUUCUAAAUACCAGUUUGAGCAGGAUAGCGAGGAUGAUGAGAUGGAGAAUGAAAUCGAAUCGAACUUGGAUGCUCUGCACGGUGCUGCCACUCGAUUGAAUGCACUUGCUAAGGCUACUGGAAGGGAGAUCGACGAGCAAGACCCACACAUCAAGCGUAUCAUUGGAAAG